AACCUAAGCAGUGAGUGAUGAUGAUACAGGAAGUGGUACCAGUUUUUGGUAACGACGAUGAAUAGAAACAUUGGACCCAGCAUGCUUACAAAGAAUACCCUGGCCAAAGCAUUGUACGACAACAAAGCUGAGUGUCCGGAUGAGCUCGCCUUCCGUCGGGGAGACAUCCUGACAGUUCUUGAGCAAAAUCUCCUUGGGAGUGAAGGUUGGUGGAACUGUUCCCUCCAUGGAAAGCAAGGCCUGGCACCUGCGAAUCGCCUCCAACUUCUUACCCCUUUACAGACACCCUCCACCCAGCAUGACUCCCAAGGACUGCCGACCAGUCCACGGAUCAUCUACCAGGUUCCUUCAGCGCACGGGUCUCCUGCUUCGUUACCCGUCUAUGAAAAAAUGGAUGGCUGGACUACACCUGCUUCAUCUUCUUCCUCUGCUUCUUUACCGCCGACGCAAGAAGUGUAUCAAGUGCCAGCUUUGGCUGCGAAACUGCUCAGCGAGAAGACCCAAAGAUCAUCAAAUCAGCACCUCUUCACUCUUCCCAGAGCAACGUGGGCAUCAGCACUGGGGAGCAGAUGUGAUAUAUAUGAUGUCCCAUCACCACAGCAUCGCGUAUCCCUUUUCACUCAGGGUCUUGCCACUCCACCCUCUUCCAGAAAGGGCUCCAGUCCGUUCCCCUCCACAGAACGUUGCCUGGAAAAGCUGCAGCAGCUUUAUGACAUCCCAUUGAGCCUGGAAAAGGCACGAGGCCGCACGUGGCAAGAGUGUUUGUUGGACAAUGUGUAUGUCACUCCUUCAACAGCUGGAGAAGAACCUGUCAGUGGUUCUCAGGGAAAGCCUUCGGGUCAUUUCAAUACUUUACCAAAUCUUCGGAAAUCAGAAUGGAUCUAUGAUAUACCUGUGUCACCUGAAAAAGCAGGAUUAAAACAAACUUCUCAGAAACAUUCGGCAAAUAAGCAGGUGCUUUAUGAUAUUCCACCACCUAGAUUUGAUUGUGGCAUGCAGAAAAUCCCAUCAUUAAACAAUGAAAGUAAAUCAGUGAGUCCAGAAAUAUAUGAUGUUCCGCCCAUACAAAGGAAAUUAACUUUUCCAGAGAUUCCUCUUUAUGACGUACCGUCCACACAUGAUGUGUUAGUGCAGCGUCAAAAUGGUAACUAUGAUGUUCCUUCAGCCACCAUGUCCUCCAGGACUGAAAAGGAGAAAUUUCAACAGACUCUUUAUGAUAUUCCAAAAGCAAUGUCUGUUGCUAUGCUACAAAAGAAAGAAAAUGCAGACAGUUAUAACCCUGGAGACAGCACAUAUAUUUUUCCUCCACAGUUGUCCACAGAUGGCAAAUUGGACCAAGACAGACUGUCUGUUUCAAGUGUAGAUAGCAGAACCAGCACCAUAUCAACGCUGUCAAGCUCUUCUACUGAGUCCUUUUCAUCUACAGCAUCAUCAUCAUCUACUCCAUCGUCAUCUUUAGAAGAACGCACUAAAGAAACAACCAUGGAACUUGAGUUGGCCAAAGAAACUUUGACUAAGUUACAGCAUAGUGUAUCCAGUUCAGUUGCAAGCCUAAUGAUCUUUGUCAGCAGCAGGUGGCGAUACCAAGAACAUCUAGAGGGAAACAUUGAGGAAAUCCAUCGAGCGGUGGACCACAUAAAGGUCUCUUUGGAAGAAUUCUUGGACUUUGCUCGAACCAUUGAAGGAAAUGCAUCUAGGAGCUCUGAUAGUAAACUUCAAGAGAGAAUUAAAAAACAGCUGAAUAUCCUCACAGACUCAUUUCAGAUACUGGUGGAAACGAGAGAUGCAUUGAACAACUGCAAAUGGUCGCUUGAGGUUCUGGUUAUUAAGAAACCUCAGAGUAAUCCAGAUGAUCUAGAUCGGUUUGUUAUGGUGGCACGCACCAUUCCAGAUGACAUCAAGAGAUUUGCAUCCAUCAUCAUAGCUAACGGGAAGCUGCUUUUCAGAAAGAACUGCAAAGAGAAAGAUGGCGAAGUUUGGAGAGUUGGUAUAGAGCAUAAAAAGGUGACGUGCCAUGUGGAACAGGAAAGAGAAGAGGAUUCUCAUCCGAGAAAUAUUUUGAAUAAGCCAAAAGAAAAUAGUCCAUAUUCGGAGAAGGCAAGAGCUGACGUCACUAAAGACUGUGAUCAUAUCGAGGGAUCACUGCCUGCGAUGAAACACAGCUUUUUAAGCAAGCAGGAUUCCGCCGAGAGAAUGGAGCUGCCCAGUAUCUGCAGACUGUAUUUCGGUGCUGUUCAGAAGGCCAUUGACGUUCUCCACAAAAGCCUUGCAACCAAUGAGGCCCCUGAAGACUUCAUAGCCAAGAGCAAACUGAUCAUUAUGGUUGGCCAAAGGUUAGUGGAUGCCUUGUGUCAGGAAGCUCUCAAGAAACCCAAUCGAAACGAGGUCUUGUGUGGCAGCAGCAAUUUUUGUGGCUUGCUGAAGAGCUUGGCGGUUGCUACCAAAAACGCAGCAAUGCAAUAUCCAAGUCCCAAGGCAAUGAAAGGACUCCUGGAUCAAGCUGACGGCCUAUCAAUGUACCUGCAGCAGUUCCGAGCAAUGGUCGAAUGAAGUGAUCAUUCUGCUGGUGUUCCGAGGAGACACGUAUUGAGAGGACUCAACAGCGGUCGCAAGAACGGAGUUUAAUUUCUAGACGUGAUAGAGAGACUCUUUGUUUAAUAAAGAGCAUGUGUGUCUGUCUUUCCACCUGCUCAAGGCGGAUAAUAGUACUGUAGCUCCCUACCUCACAGGGAUGUUGUGAGAAUAAACGUUAUAUGUAUU